AUGUUUGUUUAUUUUGUAGAAAGUAAGCUCCGUGGCAGCGUUGUGUGGGUGACCGGGGCAUCAAGCGGCAUCGGCGAGGCGGUAUGUUACCAGCUGGCCAAAUUAGGUGCCCAGCUAGUCCUCUCCUCCAGACGUGAGGCUGAACUGCUGAGAGUGAAGAAGAAAUGCUUGGAGAUCAGCAAUUUAGAAAACAAAGAUAUCUUAGUUGUUCCUCUUGACCUAAUCAACAUAAAUGCCCACAAGGCAGCAACAGACAAAGUGGUGGAACAUUUUGGCAGGAUUGAUAUCCUGGUAAAUAACAGUGGGCGAUCGCAGCGCUCUCUUUGUGUGGAUACAGAUCUGGAUGUUUUUCGAGGGUUAAUGGAACUUAAUUACUUUGGGACUAUUUCCCUGACUAAGCAUGUUUUACCCCAUAUGAUCGAAAGGAAGAAAGGAAAGAUUGUCACUAUAAGCAGUGUGACUGGCUUUAUUGGAGUGCCUCUGGGCAGUGGAUAUGCUGCCAGCAAGCAUGCUGUCCAGGGCUUCUUCAACAGUCUCAGAAUAGAACUUGGAUGUUAUCCAGGUAUAACAGUGAGCAACAUAUGUCCGGGACCUGUACAGUCAAAAAUUGUGGAAAAUGCUUUUACCGAACACCCAAAUCAGCCCUUGGAAUCGGCAGGAGAUCAGACUUACAAAAUGCCUGCAGAGCGUUGUGCACGCCUGAUUUUGGUGACAGCUGCAAAUGACCUGAAUGAAUCUUGGAUCUCAGACCAUCCCUAUUUACUGAUAAGUUACUUCUGGCAGUAUGCACCAACAUGGGCGUGGUGGAUAACAGGGAAACUUGGUCAAAAGAGAAUAGAGAACUUUAAAAGUGGACUGGUAUGUGCUUUUUAA